CGGACGUAGAAGCUUUGCGAACAUGGUUCCAAACGCAAACACCAGAUGCCAACGACUUCAUUGCAGCUGGUGGGUGGUACACGUGGGAGCUCGGCACCGCAAGAGUGAGUCUCUGUAAUUCGUAGCAGUCGUAGAAAUUGGCUAAUCUGGUAUUGUCAGAUUUGCAUCUUCAAUACAAACCCCAAUGGCACAACAGAUGUGGAGGUCAACCACAAGGCGCACGCAGCUUGUCUCGAGCAGACUCGCGACACCUGCUGCUCUCCGACCGCGGACCAAUGGUGAGUUGAGAUGGAUUGCGGAAGAGAACAACAAGCUGAUAAUAUUGCAGUCGCGCGGGGCGAGCACCAGAGUACGCUGUAAACGGUGCUUUGCUUGGGUGCCGAGUCACCAAUGCAGCCACGAAGUGUUAAGUUUCGUGAUUAUUGGAUUGAUGCAACAUGGGAGCGCUAGGCGCACGCGAUGAGGAGGUCAACCGACGAUAAUGGUAAUGAAGGUGUAGCACCGUGGUGGUCGCACUAUACUGAUGAUUUUAACGACAUUUUAUACGGCCUGUUAUGUACUACAACCAACAAAAGCAAAUCGAUUUGUUUGCGUACCCCUAUGAUUCUUG